CCCUUCUUUCGCGUCCCGUUUCUGCUCAAGCUUUUAACUCCACCACCACUGCAAGUCGCACAACCCGCCAGCUCUGCUCUCUCGGCUGGCCACGGCUUACCCUCCUCCACCUCCCACCUCCCCCUUACCACCACCUCACGACCAGAUGGACCACAGCCUCCGCGGGUCGUCGAGCGGCGGCGACGCGCAGCUCGACACCCCGCCGCCUGGCCGCCCGCUGACCAACGCCCAGGCCGCCCAGGCCGCCCUCCACCAGCGCACAUAUCAAGCAUGCAUCCCGUGUCGAAAGCGCAAGGUGCGCUGCGACCUCGGCUCCGUCGAUAACCCCAGCGACCCGCCGUGCGUGCGCUGCCGCCGCGAGUCCAAGGAAUGCUACUUCUCCGCCACGCGCCGCAAGAAGAAGACCGGCACCGACGACGCCUACUCCGACACCGACGAGACCGUCUUCAAGGUCGAGAACGGGCGCAAGCGCGUGCGCCAGUCCGAGGGCUACGAGCCCGAGAAGAGUGUGGAGCUGGAAGAGGCCCCGCGCACCCCGGGCGGCUCGAUUGGACAGACGCAGCCGCUGCGCAGACCCGCCGGCCCCAAACCCGUGCAGUACAAUGAGGAGGACCAGAAGGCUAGUGAACAGACGGUGUCUCUGCUGCAAGCCACGGAAAUCCAUGGCGGUCACGAUGCGCUGAAAUUGCUGGCCGAGGCGGCGCGGAAGGGCUCGAGAGAGUCCGGCCCGCGGCCUGGGUUGACCGGCCUCUCGCCCUCUUCCCUCCCCUCCGCCACCAGUCCGAUGAUGGAGAGGCCCGGGAGUAUGACCAACGGCCCAAUGGCGGUACUACAGAAUGACCCAAUCUGGAAAACACCCAUCAACCCGACCAGUCACGCCAGCGACCCCAUCGACACGGCAGCCUACAACUCCGCGCUGAAGGCCUGGGAGCGCUUCCGUUUCGUCCGUGCGGGCUGGUUCCGUGCAAAGGAAGCCAUCGAUUACAUCGACUACUUCUACCGCCACCAUGCCCCCUUGACCCCCGUCGCCCUCCUCGACUUUCGAUCAUACGCGAAGCACGAAGAACUGCUGACCAACGAACCGAUGCUCACCAUCACCAUGCUGCUGAUAGCUUCUCGCCACAUGCAGCUGGAGGGACCGGGCUCGGUCUCCCGCCCAUAUUCCAUUCAUCAAAAGCUGUGGACAUAUCUCAGCGGCAUGAUCAAUCGCAUCCUCUGGGGCCAAGAGCAAUUCGGUGGCGGCUUCUGCGGCGCUGGCGGAGAGCCGGGGUGCGAUGUCAACCCCCUCACACGAAAAGGCCUCCGCACCCUGGGCACCAUUGAGUCCCUCGUCCUGCUCACCGAAUGGCAUCCCCGAGCGAUGCACUUUCCCCCCGACGAGGCUGACGAAGAACUCAUGGUCCCCGAAGAUCCCAGCCAUCUGUUCGAUCCGAGCGAGAAUGGGCCCGAGAACAAGGGGAUUGGCGGCCAGCGGAUGGACGCAUGGCUGGAACCAUGUUGGAGAAGUGAUCGCAUGUGCUGGAUGUUACUGGGCCUGUCUAUGUCGCUCGCAUUCGAGAUCGGCGUCUUCGACUCCGGCGAGUGGCAGCGGCAUGCGCGCAGCUCCGACGGCCAGCCGCUUUCCGCCGAGCAACUCCAACGCUACGAUCGCCGCCGCCGGAACGUGCGAAACCUGUUACUCGUGUACGUGACGCAAACGAGUGGCCGUCUGGGCCUCACCUCCCUGCUUCCCAACGGCUACUCCAAGCCGGAGGACAGCGACUUGUUCCGCCAAACGCUCAAUCAGCACUCCAGCAUCCACGAGACGGAUCUGCACUUCUGGCUGCGCAUGGCCCACUUGAUGCGCGAGGGCAACCACAAGAUCUACGCCAACAAAGCCUUCACCCGCGACCUCAUUAAGAAUGGCGACUACAAGGCCGUGCUGCACGCCUUCCAGGUGCCGCUUCGCCAAUGGCGCCUCGACUUUGACCAGUGCGCCAUCAUCCCGCGCUACAUGCGGUACAUCCUCGAGAUCGAAUACGAGUACUGCCGGGUGUACAUCAACGCGCUCGCGCUUCAGGCCGUGGCCGAGCGGUGUGCCAAUGCGCAGCCCUUCCAAAACUCCACCGAUGCGCCCGAUCACGCGGCCCGCGCGGGCAGUGUGCCCAACGGUGUGCGCCCCGAUGCCGGCGCCAUCCCUCCGCAGAUGCUCGCAAAGCUGCUCGGCGGUGACCGACACUACAUGCUGCAAGUGGGCGACGCCGCACGCAACCUGCUCAAAGUAGUGGUAUACGGGCUGUACCCGGGGGAAUACCUCAAGCACGCCCCCGUACGCACCUACUUCCGCAUCAUCAGCGCGUCCAUUGUGCUCCUCAAAUCCUUCUCCCUCGGUGCGACGGAAAGCGACGUAUCGGACUCGCUGCAGCUCAUGGACAAGACGGUCGACGCGCUGCGCAACUGCAUCGUCGACGACGUGCACGUCGCCUGCCGCUUCGCCGACCUGCUCGACACCCUCACGCAGAACCUCAAGCCGCGCCUCGUGCGCAUCGCCGCCGACGGCCGCUCCAAGAGCCGCAGAGCCUCCAUCUUCCCCGGCGAAGCCAGCACAGCAGGUCUCGAGCAGCAGACAUCCGCCGCGCAAACCACCGCCUCCUUCAACGACGCCAGCCAGAAACUGCAAGCGCACCAACGCCACCCUUCCUCCAACACCCCCUCCACCCUCCACCCACACGCCAACACGCAGCAAUGGCCCUACAAUAACGGCCUCCCCCUCGCCACCAACCCCUCCGACCCCCUCUACGGCAUCUCCUCCGACAUCUACGACCUCACCGACGCCGCAAAUAACCACUUCUCCAUCAUGCCCCCGCCCUCCUUCGCCUGGUCUUCCCCUACCAACUCUCAAAACCUCGCCCUGUCCGCCACCUCCCCCGGCGGCACGAAUAUGUACGGUUUUGGCACUGGUGGACCUGGCGGCACGGCGGAGGAUUGGUUCGCGCUGGAUUUGAACCCCAUCAUUAAUUCGGAUGCGGGGGGGCAGGGGCAGAAUGUUGAUGUGAGUAGUACAAUGUAUGGGCCGCAGAUUGGGGAUACGGAUAUGUUGGAGUUGUUGCUUGGGGGUGGGGGAGGGACGGGGCAGAACUUUUAGGGCGGUGGAAAUGAUGGAUGGAGAAAGAUUCCUUCUGUCUGAUUAUGAUUAUGAGCGAGGAAGUUCUGCUUCUGCUAGAGGUGGCUUUACAUGUUUUCAUCCCAAAGGGGCAUCAUGUGUCUACUAUAUAUAUCCAAAGAUAGCAUCGAGCAAUCGCAUCACCAUCCACCCCCCCUCUUACCUCGCAAUCGUAUAAGUACUCGCCAACCUCUCCAUCAAAUGAUCCCGCGCAGUCAACACCUUCCCGCCUCGGGAGC